AUGAUUGAGGUUCCAUUGUCUUACCAUAGACAGUGGAGGCCACAUUAUCCGACGUAUGUUUUGUUUCAGCAUAAUGGAACCACACAUUUUAUUAGGCUUCGCAGAUAUGGUAGCCGAUACUUUUUUUCUGAUGGCCUCAAAGACUUUAGAAGAACUCACGGAAUUGACGACAGCGUCAUCCUGCGGUUUUUUGGUGGUGACAAAAAUACCACCUUCAAGGUGGAUGUCAUUGGACCUAUCCUUGGGCAGCUCCGUCCAAGACUAAUGGCACAUAUUGCUGACAAGAUAAAAAACAUUGAUGGAUCUAAAGAAACUCUAAAACUUACUGUAAGGAUAAUUGAGCUCUGGUUUGUUGGGACACCGGGCAGGUCUGAACAAGCUGAGAUGAUCAUUGUUGACUCUGACGGUGAUCAGAUCCACGUGGUCUGUAAGCAAGACCAGUUAAAAGCAUGGAAAAUGGAUUUGAAGGAAGGUUGUACUUAUGUGAUGCACAAUUUUAGAGUCACUAAGAAUGAUAGACAGUACAUAGUUUGUGAUCAUCCAUAUAAAUUGAUAUUUAUUGGAGUUACAGUUGUCAGACAGUGUGAAUUAGAUGGCCUUCCUUUAAAAAAGUAUAGAUUUGUAGAUUUUUCAGAUGUCAUUGCUGGCCAAUUACAGCCUGACCUAUUAGUAGACAUCAUUGGUGUUGUCGGCGAGUUUGUCUUUCAUCAUAUUUCACCUAUAAGUAAGAGAGUUGUUUUUAAGCUUAUGAAUUUGAGUAACCAAUUGGUGUCUUGCACUCUAUGGGACGAUUAUUGUGUCCAAUUUCUGGAAUAUUUGGAUCACCAUGAGAGUGAAGGGCCUAUUAUUGUGUUGUUGACCAAUGCCAGAAUUAAAGAGGGCCAAGGAUCCUAUCCAUGCUCGGUUAGCAAUUCUUUGAAGGCUUCUAAAUUGACUAUUAAUGAGCCACUGACACCAAUUGAAGAAUUCAAUCAGAAGUAUUUGCCUCAUUGCUAUAAGAAAACAAAUGUCUAUCCAGAACCAUUUGUGUGCCCAUGUGGCAAACAUAAUGAUCGAGCUGUGCUUAGAUAUAGAGUUGAAGUGAUGGUCAAUUAUAAAGAUCAAAACACAAAAUUUCUCCUGUGGGAUCGUGAAUGCACUGAAUUGAUUGGGCAGUCAGCUGAUGAAGUCAAUACCCUCAAAAUAGAAGAUGGUGAUCUAGAUUUAAAUGCCUCCCCAAAAGCACUUGAUAAACUACUGGGUCAUCUGCUCGCCUUCAAAGUCAAAAUCCAGCCGCAGUAUAAAAAUUCUACUGUUUUGAAGUGCUCCAGUGACUUAGCUUUAAUUAAUGAUGUUCUGGACAUGUUUCCUGAUGCUGAGACAUGUUCAAAGAUUAAAGCUACAACACCGUUUGAUUCCAAUGAUCCUGUCCACGAUGAAUGUCAAUCCAUUUCUAUAACAGUAGACCAUGAUCCACUUAUUGGACUUCCCUUGACACCAACAAAAUGA